AAAAUUUUAAAUUUUCUGACAACUAUUGAUGGAUAUUUAUUGUUUUAACGUCAAAUCCUAAUAUUUUAUUCGUUUUAUUUUACCAAAAGUGUAUUAAUUCAAGAUGUCGACCCAAAGUAUUGAUAGAGAAAACAUCACCGCCCGACCAGUCAAGACAAGUGACUUGCCAAAAUCUUUGGCUAACCGACCGGCUUUGGGAGAGCUAGGAAACAAGGUCCUGCAUGUUAACCAUGACAACAUACAGAAAAAGACUCUUAUGGGCCCGCCUGCACUUCAAAAGCAACAAGAAAAUACUAUCAAAUCUUAUUCUAAAACCGAAAAAAGCACGACCACAAAAACUGAAGACAAAUCAAGCAAUCAAAAACUGAAAAGAGAAGAGAGUUUGGUUAAAAAAAUCGUGUCAGCAAAAGUUCAAGCAAAACUCAAUUCCUUCUCCUCCUUUAAAUAUUGUACCAUAGAAGACCCAGAUGAAGAGACCAAAGACCAACCUCAAAUGGUUACCGAGUAUUUGGAGGAUAUCUUCGGCUAUUUAAGGGAAAUGGAGACAAAAUUUUCCAUUAAAGAAAACUACUUGGAGAAACACAGCUCUACUCCUAAAAUGCGUGCAAUACUCAUCAAUUGGCUCGUGGAAGUUCACCAAAACUUUAAGCUCUGCGUGGAGACUCUUCACCUUAGCGUCGGAAUUGUUGACAGAUACCUGCAAAUGACCACAAACAUCGGCAGAGAUACUCUGCAAUUGGUCGGCAUUGCCGCUGUGUUCAUAGCCUCCAAAUACGAAGAAAUGUACUUCCCAGAAAUCGGAGACUUUGUCUACUUAUGCGACGACGCUUUCUCCAAAAAACAAAUCAUCAGACUGGAAAUCCACAUACUGAAAAAAUUGGAAUUCAACUUGGGCCGCCCCUUGCCCAUCCACUUUUUGAGGAGGUACAGCAAAAUAGGCAAAGUUUCUGCUAUUCAACACAUCCUAGGCAAAUACUUACUGGAUUUGGCCCUUGUAGAGUACAAACUUUGCCACAUCAAACCCUCGAUCUUAGCCGCGGCGGCCUGCUGCUUAUCAGUCGCGAUUUUAAACGAUGUCUUGGACAUAUCGAAAGUUUGGACCCCCACCAUGAUUCACUACACAACAUACGAAUACCUCGACUUCAAACCAGUCAUGAUCGAAUUGGCCUCUCUUAUUAUAAAAAGUGUUGACCUCAAGCAUCAAGCAGCCCGUACUAAAUACGCAGCGGCUAAAUUCCGAAAAAUCAGCCUACAUCCCAAUUUAAAUGGACAAUUGGUUAGAAUGCUGGCUUUACAGUCAUCCAAAAUUAAAAAAUAAUUUACGUAUAUUUUUUAGUUUUAAUAUUUUUUAGUUUUAAUAUUUUGUGUAUAGAUUUUAACUUUUAAGUGUAUUUUGGUUUUAAUGCAACUUAUAACGCAUAUUAAAUUUUAUAACCAAUAAAAAUGAAUUUAUUUUAAUAAUUUUGUUCUUGUA